ACUGGUAAGAGAUGCUUAAUUUCUGUGUUCUAUAUCAAUGUCCACAGUAUAAUAGAGUAACUCAGGGAUAUUACUCUCCAGCCAUGCGGUACGCUCUUUUUUCAUUUCUGUUAUACAUCACGUAUUGGGUCUUUCUGGUCAAGGGCGCACGGACAUUGGAUAAUGUGGAGCGCUACGAUGUAGUCCGACCUCAAAGACUGACUAGUCGGGUCAAAAGAAACAUCUCAAACCAGGUUUAUCCUGAUCAUCUACAGUAUGCAUUAACCGUUGAUGGAAAAAAACACACUAUUCAUCUGGAGAAAAAUAGGCAACUUUUCGGGAGGCAUUACACUGAAACACACUAUUCAAAAGAUGGAAGGCGGGUGACAACGUUUCCAAAUGAGGACCACUGCUAUUAUCAUGGUCAUAUUCAAGACCUUGAGGAUUCAUCAGUUAGUGUUGGACUCUGUUCUGGAAUUAGUGGCUUCCUGAGGGCAGAGCAGAGAGUCUACCUGAUUGAGCCUUUAGAAGAGACUGUCGAAGGAGAGCAUGCUCUGUAUAGGCAGGAACACCUCAGAGCCAACAGUACCCGCUGUGGUCACUCCAACGACAGCCUUGUCUUUGACCAUGACCAGGACCUGGGCCCCAGGCUCUCAGGCCUCUACAAGUCCAGUGGCCUGAAACGCAAACUCAUCACCGGGCCUCAAAAAAUUGUGGAGAUGUAUCUGGUGGCUGAUAACGCAGAGUUCAGUAGGUAUGGAAGCAAAACCAGAGAUCGGAUGCUGGAAAUUGCCAAUCAUGUUGACAAGUUGUAUCAGGCAUUGAACAUCCGGGUCAUGUUGGUGGGCUUGGAAAUAUGGACUUCUGGGGAUAAAAUUGACGUCUUGGCCAGUCCUGAAGAUACCUUGGAAAGGUUUCUCAAGUGGCGUCAAGACGUCCUUCUGAAGAGGGCUAAGCAUGACAAUGCCCAGUUCAUCACCGGUAUAGACUUCAUGGGCGACACAGUUGGACUGGCAAAUAAACUUGCCAUGUGCACUGGAAGUUCAGGUGCAGUCAACCAGGACCACAACAGGAACCCUAUAGGAGUUGCAUCCACCAUUGCUCACGAGAUGGGCCACAACCUGGGAAUGUCCCACGACACCUCUGGCUGUACCUGCGGGACUUUGCAGUACAGCGACAACUGUGUCAUGACCGAUCGGGUCAGGUCAGUUUACCCAGAGCUGUUCAGUAGCUGCAGUCGGGAGCAACUGAGGGACUUCCUGGAGAGAGCCAAUCCCAGUUGUCUGCUGGACACGCCUGGCUCUGAUAGGCUGUAUCUGGGCCCCGCCUGUGGCAAUGCCUUCCUGGACCCUGGAGAGGAAUGUGACUGUGGAACUGUAAAUGAGUGUAAGAAUCCCUGCUGUGACCCCACAACCUGUCGUCUCACUCAGGGUUCCAGCUGUGCCCAUGGAGAGUGCUGUGAAAACUGCAAGCUCAAACAGUCAGACAGUUUGUGUAGAGCAGCUUCCACUGAUUGUGACCUGGCAGAGUAUUGCACUGGGAUGUCAGAGCGUUGCCCUGAAGAUACCUUCCAGAUGAACGGGAAACCCUGCAACUCCGAUCAAGGCUACUGCUACAAUGGACAGUGUCCAACACUUCAGCAACACUGUAGGAGACUUUGGGGACCAGCGGCCCAGGUAGCCACAGAUAACUGCUUCGAUUUAAACAUGGGUGGCAGUGAAGGAGCCAACUGUGGAAGGACCAAAUAUGGCUUUGAGCGCUGCACACAGCUGAACAGAAAAUGCGGGAUACUCUUUUGCUCAGGAGGAGAUGAGUAUCCCAUCACUGGGCUAAAAGCCUUUUAUAGCAUGCCGAAUGGGGAAAAAUGUAACAAAGCAGUGGACCAGGAUAAAAUAAGAUCCCUCGACAUGGUCCCGACCGGAACCAAAUGUGGGAUGAAUAUGGUUUGCUAUGACCACAAAUGUCAAGAUGUCAAGGUCUUUGGCCAAACGUCAGACUGUUCAUCGAAAUGCCACAACAAUGGGGUGUGCAAUAACAAGGGUCAGUGCCACUGUAACCCAGGCUGGGCUCCUCCCUACUGUGACAUCACCUAUUCAGACUUGCCUCGAGAGAAGUUUGGCAUCAUGGCUGGCGUCUCAGCAGCCGUGGUUGUCUUGUUUCUGCUCACAUUCCUGGUUGCGGGGCUGAUGUGCUGCAAGAAGGACAAGAGAGAAAACUACACCUCCAAAAGAAAAGUCCACUCUACCUCGGGCCAGUUGAACCCAAUGUUCCGGGAGAGGGAUCAGAAGUCCCGUGAAAUCAGCCAACCUACCUUCAUGGAGACCUCUGCAAAACAAGCCUGCACCCCUCUGUUUGUCACUGUGGUCCCCUCCAGGCCCCCUCCACAGCCCCCAAUGGAUUUUCCUGCAGCGUCGCGUGGGUCUCGGACUGAACCGAGUAAAAGACUUCCUCCAACAAAGCCUUUGCCGACUGUGAAUUGCAAACCGAAAACCACGCCUGUUGUCCAAGUACCACCAGCAAAGCCCAGUCCUCCUCCAGUGCCUCCAGUCAAACCCACAGCAUCAAAGCCUGUUGUCCAAAUGCCACCAGCAAAGCCCAGUCCUCCCCCAGUGCCUCAAGUCAAACCCACAGCAUCAAAGACCUUAGGAACAGGCCACAAGACUGCACUGAAGCCUCCCCCCAUGCCACGUCGAUGAGGAUGAUGACUGCUGCACCGGGCAGUCGGGUGACUCAUAGGGAGACAGGGCUUCAAUGUGUCCAGUACUCAUUUCAGACUCUAGGAGGUCCUGGGUGACCACACCUGAAGUAAACUGUAGAGAAUAUCUUUGAAGACUCGACAGUAACAUGGAGGGGGUUUCUGAAAAUGGGCUGCUCAACUGCAGAGGAAAAGUUGUUUGGGAAAUGUUGGUGCAAAACAUUUGUGGUGUGUUUUGUCAUGCAGUGUUUUCCCCGCCCCCACAACUAUUGUAAAGUGGACCACUCCUUUUUAUAAGAACCUAGCAGUUGCACUUUUAUAAGUUCUUGCAAUAUUUUCACCUUUUAUGGGGGCUUAAACCUGUCUUUGUGGAAUUGUACUCAUGAAUGUUAAUUUAAUGUUUGUUAUGCCAGUGGGUGCCUUUUUUACGAAGAUGUUUUUAUUACACUGAUAUUAUUAUUAUUAUUAUUUUUUAAAGAUAUGACUUAUGAUUGGUACAAGUUAAAGGUAGGCUUGAAGAAAUGUAAUCACGUGUACUGCAUAAUGCCUGAUUAUUUCGACGUGCAAUAAUUCAAUUCAAUGCCUGGAAACUUGAUUGUUGCAAAUAAUAAACAAUUGCCUAAUCAAAUC